CUUUCGUCAUACCGGAUGUAAGCAAAAACAUCACCGUCUGCCAAGAUGUCUGCACCCUCUGAAGACACGUUUGCCGAGGAAGAAGGCGAAAUGGAGGACGUAGACGAAGCGGGCAGCAGUGAUGAAGACGAGGAGGGCAUGGAGGAGGAAGAAGGAGCUGACGGAGAGGGGCAGAAGAAAGUCUACGUGCCCGGGAUGGAGUCGCUUCAGCCCGGGGAGGAGCUGGAGAUGGACAGGACCGCUUACCGCAUGUACCACGAGUGUCAAACAGGUGCUCCGUGUUUGAGCUUCGACAUACUGAGAGAUGGACACGGAGACGGCAGGGAGCAGUUCCCGCUGGCCAUGCUUCUGUGCGCGGGCACGCAGGGUGACACAGCUCUGAGCAACAGACUUGUUGUCAUGCGCAUGCACAACCUUCAUGGAACAGAGACAGAAAAAGAAGGAGAAGAAAGCAGUGAAGAAGACAGUGAUGAAGAGGAAGAGGAUGAAGACAAGAAGCCACAGAUGGAACUGGCCAUGAUGCCUCACUUUGGAGGGAUUAACAGAGUCAGAACGACUCAGCGUGGAGAGCAGUCACUGGCUGCUGUCUGGUCAGAAAAGGGUCAAGUUGAAAUAUUUGAUCUUCGACCACAGCUGGAGGCUGUCCAUAGUUCUGCUGUCAUGGCAGCUUUUGUCAAACAGCAGAAAGAAGCCACAGCACUCUUCAGUUUCUCAGGCCACAUGAUUGAAGGCUUUGCAGUUGAUUGGUCACCUACAGUACCUGGUCGUCUCGUCAGCGGUGACUGCAGAAAGAAUAUCCAUGUGUGGCAGCCACGGGAAGGUGGGACCUCGUGGCAGAUUGACCAGCGUCCUUUCAGCUCCCACAGCAAGUCUGUGGAGGAUCUGCAGUGGUCUCCAACGGAAGCAACAGUUUUUGCAUCUUGUUCAGUGGAUCAGUCGAUUCGCAUCUGGGAUAUCCGCGCCCCUCCCAAUUCCAUGCUUUCAACCGAUGAGGCACACACGUCAGAUGUCAAUGUAAUCAGCUGGAACAGGAGUGAGCCAUUCCUCCUCUCAGGGGGGGAUGAUGGACUGCUGAAAGUAUGGGAUCUUCGACAGUUUAAGACUGGGCGGCCUGUGGCAAACUUCAAGCAGCACAGUGCUCCCAUCACAUCAGUGGAGUGGAACCCUGUGGACUCCAGUGUGUUCGCUGCCUCAGGAGCAGAUGAUGUCAUCAGCCAGUGGGAUCUGUCUGUGGAGUCAUGUAACGUGGGAGCCAGGGUAGAGGGAGUGAAGGAGUUGCCCCCACAAUUGCUGUUCCUGCACCAGGGUCAGUCAGAGAUUAAGGAGAUUCACUGGCAUCCGCAAGUGCCUGGUGUUCUGAUCUCCACAGCGCUAUCGGGUUUUAAUUUAUUCAGGACAAUCUCUGUAUAGUGUGCAUGUACAGUGCAUGCAUGGGUUUUGAAAGACAGGACACUUACAGUAGUACACAUUUGUGUAAUGAACCUUAAAUAAGGCUUGUUUCAUGAGUUUUUGCAAUAAUGUAUAUAUGUAGUUCAGCAGGGUGGGUAAUGUUUGGUUAUACAGUUAUUGGCCCUCAUGCUCACCAUAUGGUCUUUCCGAUCAACUUUUACAUGAGGAUGGUUUACAGAUGUCUGAAAUAUUUUAGGUAUUUCUAAUUUUACACUUGAAAUAAAGUGUUUUAAACUCC